AUUAGGCGACUGCGCAUACUAUAAUCCCGGAUUCAGUCGUGAAAUCAAACCUGAUACGAAACCGAGUGCGUGUGAAAAAUUUUCAUUCGUUUCCGACGGCUACCGUAAACGAAUUGAGUACUCGCCGAACCGUGUGAAACCGGCCUAUCAGUGAGGUUAGUGAUUACUGAUUCGUGAAUUGAAUUUGAUAAGUUGGUUGAACUGAGUCACUGAGUCGCCGAUUCUUGAAACACAAAUUCAACUCCUACAGUUCAUUUUAAUGAUUCAAUUCUUCAAGGUAUUUUUUUUAAGAUACGUCACUAUAUAAUUACUCAUUAAACUAAUGAGUCCACCAUUUGAAUAAAUAGUUUGGUAUUUGGUAAACCUAUUCCAACCAGGUUUUGAGCUUGUAUCGCAAAAUGAAACAUAAAAUUUGUAUGGCAUCUGAUUUUUUCUAUCCAAACAUGGGUGGCGUGGAAGAGCAUAUAUUCAAUUUAUCUCAAUGUCUUUUAAUGAAAGGAUAUAAAAUAAUUGUCUUAACUCAUUCAUAUCAGGAUAGAGUUGGAGUACGUUAUAUGACAAAUGGAUUAAAAGUAUAUUACUUGCCCAUCAAACCAUUUUAUAACCAAUGUGUUUUACCUUCAAUGGUUUCUUCUUUACCAUUGAUAAGAUAUGUGUUAGUCAGAGAACAAAUAACUAUAAUACAUGGACAUUCAGCAUUUUCAACUUUAGCUCAUGAAACAAUGAUGAUUGGUCGUUUGCUAGGGAUUCGAACUGUAUUUACAGAUCAUUCUCUUUUUGGAUUUGCUGAUACAUCAGCUAUCAUAACAAAUAAGUUUUUGGAAAUAUCAUUAGCUGAUUGUAACCAUUGUAUCUGUGUAUCACAUAUUGGGAAAGAAAAUACUGUAUUACGUGCACGUGUCAAUCAUCAUAGAGUUUCAGUUAUACCAAAUGCUGUUGAUACAACUGCAUUUAUUCCUAAAUUAGAAUUAAGAACUAAAAACAAAAUUACAAUUGUGGUGGUUAGCCGUUUAGUUUAUAGAAAAGGGGUAGAUUUAUUAGCUCAAAUUAUUGCUGAUGUAUGCUUAAAACAUCCAAAGGUACAAUUUAUUAUUGGAGGGGAUGGUCCAAAACGUGAACUACUAGAAGACAUUCGUACUAAUUUGAAUAUAGAAGAACAAGUUACUUUACUUGGUAGCUUAGAACAUUCACAAGUAUGUAAUGUUCUUAAUCGCGGACAUAUUUUUUUAAAUACGUCCUUAACAGAAGCAUAUUGUAUGGCUAUUGUUGAAGCUGCUUCUUGUGGAUUGAAGAUUGUAAGUACAAGAGUAGGUGGCAUACCAGAAGUAUUACCUCCAGAAUUGAUAGUUUUAACUGAACCCAAUGUUCCAUCUAUUCUCCAAGGAUUAUAUAAAGCUAUUGAUCAAGUUAAUACUGAUAAUGGAGUACCUCCAAUUGAAUGCCAUCAAAAAGUGCAAUCCUUGUACAACUGGAUGAAUAUUGCCAAAAGAACAGAGAUUGUGUACAAUAUGGUUUCUUUAGAACCACCAAAAAGUUUAGGAAAACAAUUACGAAGUUACAAAUCAACUGGAGUAUAUCCAUUUUUAUUGGUAGUAUCAUUUAUGCACAUACUACUACAAAUUUUAGAUUGGUGGAUUCCUCGUUCAGAGAUAGAUCUGGCUAAAGAUUACAUAACUGAAAAUAAUCAUCUUGAUUCUAUUCAAUCGGUUACCAAAAAUCAAUAACACAACAUUUGAAAAUUUAUUGUUAUUUAUUCAGUAAAUGUUAUUUUAAAUAUAGUUCUAAUAUAAGCUUUGUAUGGACGGAUGUAAUUACAUAUAAUAUUUUAAUAAAUUUGGUAAUAUAAUAUAAAAAUAAAUUAGAGAUCAAAAAUUAAA